GCGAACGUCUCACUACCGCUGACUCUCUUGUGCUGCUUAUGACGGCAGAAGUAUUGUAGCCGGCACAGGUCCAUGUAGGUAUCUAUCCUCGUGUUAUGAAUUCAAGCUUGUCAGGCUAUUAUAUUAUGGCUAAGUACACGGAAUGCAUGAGGUAUGUAGCGUGCCCUGGAAUUAAUCAAAUAGCUUCAGCUUGUCUUGCAUCGUCUGUCGAUAUGACCGCUAAUCAACAACGAUGCAUCAUGGCGGUGACGGUAGAUUGUUUCAAAGUCUAUCUUACUACAGCAAGUGGCGCCUCACGGUCUUCGCCUCAUUUAUAUAUAUCCUGGCUCCUUCGAUGUUCAUCAAACUCUGAUAUUGGGAUCUUACCACUCGGACUGCGCUCUCUCCUUGCCGUAGCUCGUCGUAGCACUUGAUGGCUUCUGCAUCUACUAUCGAGUGUCCCGUCAUUCCGAGAGAACAGCUAAUCAAAGUGAAGGAAUUUCCGGCAGCUGUGGGGGGCUAUGGACAGGUUUUUCAGUGCAUAAUGCAGCGGGCAGGGGCGCCAGAGGCUCCAGAGGCUUUGGUGGCUGUCAAGGUCCUAAUACAUGCUUCCAAGAAGCGUGCACGUCGUGAGAUGAGAUUAUGGAUGGCAGCAAGACAUGAUAAUAUCGUCCCUUUGCUCGGUAUUGCGGAGGGAUUUACAGAAGAAGGCUUUGCUAUGGUCUCUCCCUGGAUGGGAGGCGGGACACUUGCACUCUAUCUCCGGGAUCAUGAAGGAAACAUACCUUGCAGGAAAAAAAUUGACUUUGAUGUUACUAUUGGCUUGGCGUAUCUACACUCUCGAAAGAUUGUCCAUGGUGACCUCACAACUACUAAUGUUGUCCUUGAUGACAGUGGAAAAGCAUUGUUAAUCGACUUCGGGUUAUCGAAUGUGCUUGGCGGCAUGGCUGGUAGUUGCCUCUCACUCUCCGUAGCACGACCAGGGGCAGUGCGAUUUGCUGCACCAGAACUGUUGGUGGCAGAAGAGGCGACAAGCCAACCUACCGGAAUGGAUUCAGCGGUCGACAAUGAGCCGCCGGUAUCAAUACCGAAUGUACCCAGCGACAUUUAUUCUCUUGGCUGCAUAAUGCUUAAUGUCUUCACAGAAAAGCUUCCAUGGUACACCUAUGUCUAUAGUGAUCUAGCUAUUGUCGGAGCUCAUCACGCGAAGAAGUCGAUGCCCUUUCCUUCCAACAACCAUCUUUCUAAGGAGCGCAAACAGUUUAUUUGCGAGUGUACUUCAGUUCAAGUUGGCAGUAGGCCAUCAAGUCAAGAUGCCGCGGUUUUUAUCGAAGAGGAGCUACGUAUCGAAGCUCCCAUCCAGCAGUCGAUGACAAAGGCAUCAAAUAGAGAUAUCCCUACUAUCGUCUUGCACAAGCUAGAUACGGAGAUACCAAGCCACAUCCAAGAACCGAUUGCAAAUGUAGUCGGUCAUUUACAUCCCCGAGGUGACGGCAACACUCCUACCAACACUCCUACCAUCACCCCUUCUGCAUCGUCAUACUUAAGCUGCUUAACGUCGCAGCCAGUUGAUUCACAUGAUGGCGCAUCUUCACGAACUCGCAACACGUCCACCGUGGCGCAGCCAUCACCUCUAUCGCCUACUAUCUCGAUAACAGAUAGCAACAACCCACCUGUCCUUGUCGAUUCACCGACCAGAGAGUGUACUGUCGUCAUUGCCGGGGCCAUUGGUGCUGGUAAAAGUUCCCUCAUCAAUCUUUUAUCUAGGAAAAGUGUCGCGGACACAUCGAUCGACGCCGGGCGCUGCACGGGAGAGUUGAAGGAAUACCCAAUUUCUUUUCGCGACACCGCCUAUAGGGUGUUUGAUACUGUUGGGUUUGCAUGCAGUAACGGUCCUUCCUCUGUGCCCAAGGAACGGCCAAAGAAGUAUGAAAAACGGCAGAUCGGAGAAAUAUCCGGCCAAGGCAGUAUUGACUUGAUACUGCUUUGCGUACCGAGUAGAAACUUUCGUGUGCAAGCGGUGCUCGACAUUCACAACAAAAUCCAGGGCGAAUUGAACGGAAGAAAAGUGCCCGUCGUACUCGUUGUCACUCAUUUCGAGGAGCAGCAGCCCAGUGCUACUACUCAUACUAUCGACAGAUGGUGGUCCGAAAAUUCGUCGACGUUUCAGGCUCAACUGGACAUCAUCGCCAAACAUACUUGCAUCACUUUAAGUCACGACAAAUACCUCGAUGAGUCCCGCGAACAUAUCUUCCGGAUCAUGGCGCAGUAUCCCGCCUCCGAUGCAAGAGAGCUGCCGCGGCAGUCGUCUGGAGGUGACCAUUCUACGUCACCUUUCAGAGCCCUCUUGGAUGACGUGGUCCGGGCUCUUCACAUCAAACAACUGUCCGCGCAGGUCCGCGGGGUCGUCACAAGUGGGCUGAGUCUACGACCACGCUCGUCCUGA